UCGUUUUUAACUCACCACUGCUAUACAGAAAUAGAAAGCGCUAGAAAGGACAGGGGGUGCGAAAGAUUAUCUGCAGCUCGAUAGAGCUGUAUGUUAUAUGAAUAAAUCAUAUUCCUCAAAUCAUACCUGGCCAGUCAUAUUCAAGACUUCCAUCCGACUCAUUCGAGAUCACAGACCAAAGCCCUAGGAAAAGUAAAUUUAAUUAACUGGAAGCACAGGCGAUUUAACUACCUAGCUAGCUGAACGUAGUUGGGAUUGAGGGGAAACGCACAACUUAAGGGAGAGGGAUCGUGGUUCAGCAGGAAAUCUCGACGGACUAGUGACUAGUUUAGCGGGAUAAAAAUUGUUAGCUAAGUUGUACAAGGGAAUGGCACUGGACUUUGUUGCAGGAUGCAUUGGAGGUGCUGCUGGUGUUUUGGUAGGACACCCCUUUGAUACUGUAAAGGUGGGUUUUCCUAUCUAAUGUCUUAUUUGCUUGCCUGUACAUUUGUUGCAUGGACAAUUUUUUUUUUUCCCCCUCAAUGAUUGUCGAAUUAUAUUUGAGGUCUAUUGGGGUGUUUUGGGGGCCUUAAAAACCAAGUAGGACAACCGGUGAAAUCUUCAACAUAAGCUACCAUCAAACCUCAAAACGAAAUGCUAAUUUGCUAAAUGCUAAUAGUAUGUACAAAGUGAAGCCAUGUGCUUUAUAAAGGCAAUCUGCUGUCUGCAUUGCUUUUGUUCUCCCAGUAUCAGUGUCUUCCUUGUGGCCCAGUGAGUCGUUUGUAUCCCCUCCGGUUUUUUCAAUUUCGAUUUAUUUUUCCAGUCGAGGUGGACUCUCCACGCGACUAAAAAAAAAAAAAACACGUCAAACGAAAUCUUGCUCCGGCAAGAGUGGAGAAAUCGGUGAAUUGAGCAGAAUGUGCUUCCUGUGCUCACGUCGUCUUGCACGUGAACGUGGCAUUGCAUGCUUAGUGUUCAGUCUGAGACACCGGACGAGUGUCCAUGUAUAUAAUGUGACAAUCAUUUGACACACUGAACAGUGAGUGAGACUGCAUGAUGGGUACUCUGUGCUCAGCAGCUGUUCAGUACGUUUGGGGGGGAUGUGCAAGCUCAGUUUAUUUUUCCAGAUCCACACUAUGAACAACUAAAUGUUCUCAAGCCUUUAAUCUCCUGCAUCCUUCCACUCCCCCCCCCCCCCCCCCCCCAAUAACUCACCAACUAACCUUCUAACCCCAGGAUGUGUGUGGAAUUAGAAAGACAAUCAUGUCUGUUAAGAUGAACUGCAGGUAUCCCCCAUUUUCCCUGCUCUCUCUCCUCUUUCUAUAACCUUUUUAGGGAUUCUGUAUUUUUGAAUGCUAUGUUUUGUUAACUCCAGGAUCCCCCUGUAUACAAGAUGCCACACCCGACUUGCCGAUGAAAGUGAGGCUUACACUACCUCUUCACGGAAGUGUUACCUUGUGCGACUGCAGGUGCAAAGUGUGGACAAGCCUCUGUAUCGGGGGACUUUUCACUGCUUCCAGUCCAUUGUACGGCAGGAGUCUAUGUUUGGGCUGUACAAGGGCAUCGGGUCGCCUAUGAUGGGCCUAACGUUCAUCAACGCCAUCGUGUUUGGCGUCCAGGGCAAUACCAUGAGGCUGCUGGGCCAGGACACGCCGCUCAAUCAGUUCCUGGCGGGGGCAGCGGCCGGGGCCAUCCAGUGUGUCAUCUGCUGUCCCAUGGAGCUGGCCAAGACGCGCAUGCAGAUGCAGGGCACGGGCGAGAAGAAGUCCAAGAAGAAGCUGUACAAGAACUCCCUGGACUGCCUGGUGCGCAUCUACAACAAGGAGGGGAUGCGGGGCAUCAACCGCGGCAUGGUGUCCACCUUCAUCCGCGAGACGCCCGGCUUCGGCGUCUACUUCCUGGCCUAUGACAUGCUGACGCGCUCGCUGGGCUGCGAGCCCGAAGACCCGUACAUGAUCCCCAAGCUCCUCUUCGCCGGCGGCAUGUCGGGCAUCGCCUCCUGGAUCUCCACCUACCCGGUGGACGUCAUCAAGUCCCGCCUCCAGGCCGACGGCGUGGGCGGCGUCAACCAGUACAGCGGCAUCAUGGACUGCAUGCGGCAGAGCUGGCAGAAGGAGGGCUGGCGCGUGUUCACGCGCGGGCUCACCUCCACGCUGCUGCGCGCCUUCCCGGUCAACGCCACCACGUUCGCCACCGUGACUCUCUUCCUCAUGUACAUGAGGGGCGACGUGGGGGGGCUGAAGGAAUGCGAGCCCGCCCCUCAUACCAUGCAACAGCAGGCACAGCCCUCUAGCCUGUGACUGACUCGAGUCAUGGGUCCUACCCCUCUUCCCUUGCUCACUGAGAGCGCCCCCUUCUGUCCAGCAGUCGUCAUGGCCUGCAUGAGAGAAUCAAACAUGGACAGACCUAUUUUUAUAACUACUAUAUGCAGAGUGAAACUCUAUGCAUGUAAAUAUAACAUGCCCCCUUUGGUUUUUAUUUGCUUUUUAGUUUUUUUUUCUGUACAAAGCAAUUUUUUUUUUAUUUACGGUUUUAGGUCUUUGCCUUACUUUGACAUUAAGGAGUAAGGAUGAGGGAAAAAAAUGCGAUCCCACCACCCCCCCCAAAAAAAAUGCUUGUCAGAUAUUAAGAAGUUAAUCACUUCUGGCUUAAUCAUCCCACCAGUUAAAGAUGCUCUUCGAGGGCCAGUCUGUGCUGGAUUGAUACGCUGAGUCUCAGUGUAGCGUAAAGGCCACGUGCUGCUAUAAUGCACAGCAUCUCCGGGGGCUUUCCAAAGGGGACAAGGACAGAAGAAUUAUUAGUGAAACUGAAAGUCUGCCAUCCCACAGCUGUCCGCAAGGAAACUGCUGUGUGGCAUUGCCCACGCACGAAGGCUGGGACGCGGCGACAUUCCAGUGUGCCGUGGGGGGGGGCAUUGCCAGGGCAUGCCGCAGCCCGUUUCAUCAGGGUCAUCUCCGAUGAAACCGCCAGUAGAGAGAAUGCACCGAGGUGAAGCGUAAGUGUCACCCGGCUGGCAUAGGAGUUAGUGGAAUACGCCAGGUAGGUCUGGGUCAGUGGAACUGGGAGGAGGAACAACGCUGACCCUGCAGAAACCCAGCAGCGAUUUGCAAGCAGACUGAAGUUCUGAAGUGGCAUCAGACGGAACCUACAGCCUGUGAAAUGAAUGUUUUCAAAUUUGAGGUCCUGGUCAUGUGUGAAUGUAUAUAAUGUCCAUGUUGUGGGCAGUAUGAUCUCCCAACUUUCAUCCUUAUUUUUGUUGACACUAUGCCCUGUAUUUAAGUGUGGUUCUCUCGAGUGGACUGUCCGAAUACAUUAUUUAUUUCCCUGGUUUCCUCGUCUCCCUAAGUAUGGGCUCCUGAAGUUUCCUCUUCACGAGUAAAAGGUUUAACUUUGUUAAAGAUUAUCAAAGCCUUCCACAUUUUCUCACAUUAACUGCCUUUUGUUCGAGACAAUAAGAGAGCAGAGUCUGCGAAAGCAAUUGGAGCGGAGAAUCUUGGAUUUCGGUCAUUCUGCACGUGGGUGACCUCCCUUCCAAGCCAAAACUUUCUGGAAGUAACGUUCUGAGGAGAACGGCUUAAGUUUCCUGAGCGACGCUGCUCGUUUAGGGAAUGGUGCAAUAUUUACGUCCGUCGGUGUUUUGUGUGCUCGUUUGCGUGUUUUUGUUUCCGUGUCACACAAAAGGAAAAAGCUGUUAUUUUUUUAAAUUGCGUAACCAGGAUACUGGCGCUGUUUCCUGUGGGGUUUGGAACCCAAGAUGCCUCCUGCUACAAAGGUUUGUAUGUUACUGGACAGGCAUGACUACUGAAAGCAAUCUAUUGUGUAAUAUUAAAUAAGGGCUGAAACUAUUUGAGGCAAUCUUUCUUGGUAAACAAAAGUAGGCACAUCAGGUUAGACAGCUAUGCAGUAACCUGAAAUGGUCAACCUGCCUUUUACCAAAGAAAUAAAAAUACAUCUAAUCCUGUA